UCGCUGCAUAUAUGAAUGCACACUGUAAUAAUUUAAAAUUAACGCAAUUUUAUUGUCUACACAUACCUAUAUAUUGUAAGGAAUCCUGUAACACUAGCAUAUGUGCAUUAUAUUAUACAUUAUUGUGAUCAUAGAGCUGGUUAAUUCCUUUCCUCUUCUAGCUUUGAGGCGAAUAAUUAACACAAUAUUAUUAAAACCAAGUUUUUGUUGGGACUUUGCUUGAACUUGCUUCCAAUGUCCCCAGAGAUUAUUCAAUGGAGUUAUGAUGUUUUCUUAAGUUUUAGAGGCGAAGAUAUACGCAAAUCUUUUGUUGAUCAUCUCUAUGUUGCUUUGCAACAAAAGGGGAUCAACACCUUCAAAGAUGACAAGACAUUACAGAAAGGCAAUUCUAUUUCACUAGACCUUACCAGAGCAAUUGAAGAAUCACGUAUAGCUUUGAUUAUUUUCUCCAAAAACUAUGCUCAUUCGACGUGGUGUUUGGAUGAAGUAGUGAAAAUCAUGGAAUGCAAGAAUGUGAAAGGACAAAUUGUUCUUCCAGUGUUCUAUGAUGUAGAUCCAUCAACAGUGAGGAAACAAAAAUCCAGCUUUGGAGAAGCAUUUAGCAAUCAUGAAGAUUGUUGCAAGGUGCAAAAAUGGAAAGCAGCACUGGAGGAAGCAGCUAAUUUAUCUGGUUGGGAUUUGCCAAACACUGCCAAUGCGCAUGAAGCUAUGGUGAUAAAGCAAAUUGUGGAACAUAUAAUGGCUAGAUUGGGUAGUCAUAGACAUGCAAGAAAUGCUGAAAAUCUUGUUGGAAUGGAGUCACGUAUGCAAAAAGUGUAUAAAAUGCUUGGCAUCGGUUCUGGUGGAGUUCGCUUCCUUGGAAUAUUGGGAAUGAGCGGAGUGGGGAAGACAACUCUAGCGAGAGUCAUUUAUGAUAAUAUUCGGAGUCAAUUUGAAGGUGCAUGUUUUCUUCAUGAAGUUAAAGACCGUUCAGCAAAACAAGGCCUAGAGCGCUUGCAAGAGAUACUUCUUUCUGAGAUCCUUGUGACAAAUGAUCUAAGGAUCAACAAUUUAUAUGAAGGAGCCAGUAUGGAGAUAGAAAGAUUACAGUACAAAAAGGUUCUUCUUGUUCUUGAUGAUGUUGAUCACAUAGAUCAAUUAGAAGCUUUAGCAGGGAAGCGUGAAUGGUAUGGUCUCGGAAGUAGAGUUAUCAUAACAACUAAAGAUAAACACUUGCUUGUUAAACAUGAGGUAGAAAAGAUAUACAGAAUGACAAUGUUAAAUGACAAUGAAAGUUUGCAGCUCUUUAAGCUAUAUGCCUUAAAGAAAAACCAUCUUUCAGAGGAAUUUAGGGAUCUCUCAGCUCAAGUUAUAAGGCAUUCUGGUGGACUCCCCUUGGCUCUGAAAGUCCUGGGUAGUUUCUUGUAUGGAAGAGAUUUCGCUGAAUGGAAAAGUGAAGUGGAACGAUUGGAACAAAUCCCAGAAGAUGGAGUCGUGAAGAAACUCGAACUAAGUUUCAAUGGACUCAACAACAUUGAACAAAAGAUAUUACUAGAUAUUGUGUGUUUCUUUAUAGGGAAGAAGAAAGAAUCAGUGACAAGAAUAUUAGAGAGUUUUAAUUUUAGCCCUGUUAUUGGCAUAAAGGUUCUCAUGGAGAAAUCCCUGAUUAUGGUUUCACAAGGUCGGAUUCUAGUGCAUCAAUUGAUACAAGAAAUGUGUUGGUAUAUUAUUCGUCAAGAAGCUUCGGCUGAUCCAAGAAGGUAUAGUAGGUUGUGGUUACCUUGGGAUAUUUCUGAUGUACUUGCAGGAGAUUUGGGGACUGAAAAGAUCGAAGGCAUGUCACUGAACUCGGAUUCUGUACAAGCAGUGAAUGUCAGCAGUGCAGCUUUCCAACAAAUGAGCAGACUAAGGUUUCUAAGUAUCCAGAACAUGAAUGUUCCUCAGGGUCCUAGUUUUCUUCCUGGUGAGUUGAGGUGGUUCAAUUGGCAUGCAUAUCCAUCAAGAAGCCUGCCUGUUAGUUUUCGGGGGGAAAAGCUUGUUGGUUUGAAGUUGAAAGAUAGCCGAAUCACACAACUUUGGCAAGGCUCCAAGGUUCUAGGAAAAUUGAAAUACAUCAACCUUAGCCGAUCAGAGAAGCUAAUAAGGACCCCAGAUUUAUCAGGUACCCCUAAUCUUGAACGGUUGGUUCUUGAAGAGUGCACAAGUUUGGUAGAAGUCAAUUUUUCUGUUGGAGAUCUCAGAAGGCUAGUCUUACUGAAUCUGAAGAGUUGCACAAAGUUAAAGACCCUACCAAAGAACAUUCAAUUGGAAAAUCUUGAGGUUUUUAUCCUAUCAGGCUGCUCAAAACUCAAAACAUUCCCAGAAAUAAAAGAAAAAAUGAAUCGUUUAUCAGAACUAUACUUGGAAGGAACUGCUUUGAGAGAACUGCCCUCAUCAAUUGAGAACCUUUCAGGAGUUAGUUUGAUAAAUCUAAGUUACUGCAAGCAUCUUAAGAAUCUUCCAAGCGGUAUUUUUAGAUUGAAGUGUCUAAGAACACUUGCUCUAUUCGGGUGCUCAAAACUCGAAAAAUUAUCAGAUGAUGUGGGGCUUUUAGAGUGUUUAGAGGAGCUCUACUGUGAUGGCACAGCCAUCCGAACAAUUCCCUCCUCUAUUUCUCUUCUAAAGAGCCUUAAGCACUUAUCUUUUCAUGGAUGUACUGCUUUGGGGUUACAAUUAGACAGCUCAAUCUUCUCCUCUUGGCUUCCAGGGAAAGGUCAAAACUCCAUGGGUCUAAAUAUUUCUAACUUGUCAAGUCUUUGUUCAUUGACAACGCUGGAUAUUAGUCACUGCAAUAUCUCCGACGGAGGCACCCUAUGUAAUCUUGGGUGCUUAUCAUCUUUGGUGGAAUUGAAUCUUAGUGGUAACAGUUUUACCAAUAUUCCAGAUGCAAGCAUCAGUGGUCUUACCCAACUCAUACGCCUCGAAUUGGUUGGCUGUAGGAAACUUGUUAGAUUUCCAGAGCUUCCUCAAUGUAUAGAAGAGGUGCAUGCAGAUGAAUGCACACCUUUUGAGAGCAUAGAUCAACUAGUCAAAUAUCCAAUGUUGCGCUGCGUCUACGGACGAUGUUUUCAUCAUGGUGCUGACUAUGACAAGAUUGAUGCGCUUUGGAAAAACAUGACCAAGGCCCAUGAAAUUCGCGUGGAUUCAAUGUUUGCAACUCUCGGUCAGAGAGACCCGGGUGGUUUACAUAUACAAACGUGGGGAAGAAUUUUUCGGUGACCACUUCCAAGUCAGUCUGAUAUGUUUGAUCCUCCAAGAAGCGCAUAGCAUAGAAGCUUUUUGAUGAAGUUCUCCAUCUUCAAAGACAUACUUCCCAGUGUCCUGACUAAGUACUUUCCUAUCAGUUUCUUCUCUUGUAAGACCGUUUUCCUCUCCAUAAGAAACAACGACAACAUUUAGAAUCUUAGCCUGAAGAUGAGGAUCAAACAAAUAUAUUAAACCGACUGAGCUGUGUUUUAAAUCAGCAGCAGGUCCAGCUAGUAUUAGGCCUGAGUCAUUGGGUUGCAAGGUAUGCUAUCUUUAUCGCAUAGUUGUGUCGUUUCUCCAUCUGGAGGAAACGAGCAAAACGCAAGGCUGAUAGUCUAACUAGAAUUAGUUUCCUUUUUAAUCGCUUCUGCUGUUGUCUUUUCUCUUGAUACAUAGAGAUACUUACUGCAUUAGAAGAAUUAUCUUCUUCUUAAUUCUCUACGUCGUCAAUGACACCCUCUUAACAGUAUGCUGAUUUCAUUUUGUAAGGGAAAAAGUACGGAAAUGUUAUUGUGAAUAAGAAAGAGAUGGUCAUACUGAAAGCUGCUCGACUUCAGUGAAGUCAUAUUAAACAAUACUGCCAAAUUGUUAGUGGUUUUCAUGUGCUUAAUCCAUGCUGCUUGCUUUCAAUAUUCAUUUGUUGACUGACUUCCUCAGUUUUAUUUUUUCUAAUACGCUUAGUUUCCUGGAAAAUGAGUAUAUACAAAUAAUAAUAAUACGGAUGAAAUUUCUAUUAGUAUAUUGAGACCUUUUGUCAUGCAUAUAUAAAAUUGUAAUUGUGAAGACGCCUCUGCAACAGUAGGAGUUGACAGCAUCUUAUAGUUGGCCAUUUACUUUCUCAGACAACAAAAAUGAUGAAGAUCUCUUCUUAUUCCUCUAAUCAUACUUCAGUGGAACUGCCAUAUUUUCUCAAGUUCUAGAGAUGAAGACGUUUGCAAGACAUUUGUUUGUCCCUCUCUUGUUGCUCUACAUCCAAAGGGUAUUCAUACCUUCAAAGAUGCCGAGAAACUAGAGAGAGGCAAGUCCAUUUCACCAGAUCUUAUGAGAGAGAUCGAAGAGUCAAGGAUAGUCUUGAUCAUACUCUCCAAAAACUACGCUAAUUCAACAUGGUGUAUUAGAGGGAUUAACAAAGAUCAUGGAAUGCAACAAACAAAAAGGACAAAUUGUCCUUCCGGGGUUCUAUGGUAAAGAUCCAUCAAUUGAGGAAACAAAAAAAAAACAGCUAUUCAGAAGCAUAUACCAAUCAUGAAGGCUGUUUCAUGGAUGACAAGGUGCAAAAAUGGAGCAAGCAGCUAAUUAAUCUGGCUGGAAUUUGCCAAAUACUGCCAAUGUGUAAGUAUCCGGAAACCAAUUUCAUAGUGAUAAUUGGUCAUGUACUCUCUAAUUUUUUGGAUCGUUUAACUUCUAUUUUGCAUCACAAGGCCACAAUAUUAGGGAGAUUUGAUUUUAUAAUCCAUUAAUUUGCUAACACAUUUGGUUGCUCCAACGAGUUCAACUGUGAUUCCAAAUUUUUGGACUCCAUUGCGUAGUUUCUAAAGUAAGAACGAACUUAAUAAUAGAGAUAGAUCUUAUGGUAGAUGGCCUCUCCCUAUCAUAUUUACUAUGUAUCUUGAUCUCCAGAGUUCCCAAAUGAUAAUUCACGGCAUGUUUAUACAUAACAGAAGCUAUAAAGUGUUCUAUUUUAUGAUACUUAAAUAGAUUUCUUUCUGUAUGUCUCGUCGCAUUGCAUAAAAUUGCCGGAAGUCAUGAACUGCUAUAUAAAGAGCUAAAAUCAGUGUUUCAACAUCUGGCGGGAAAUCAGAAAUUCAUGAAAAGUUCAGUAUGUGGUAUUUAGGCAUGAUGCUGGACUCAUAAAGCAAAUUGUGGAAGAUACAAUGGCUAAAUUGAGUGGACAGACACAUGAAAGCAAUGCUGAAGAUCUUUGUUGGAAUGGAGUCACAAAUGCAGAAAGUCUAUAAAAUGCUUGACAUCGAGUCUGGUGGAUUUCCUUUCCUUGGAAUAUUGGGAAUGGACGGAGUGGGGAAGACAACUCUAGCAAGAAUCAUUUAUGGUAAUAUUUCAAGUUAAUUUGAGAGUUCAUGAUUUCUUCAUGAGGCUCUAGAGUACCGUAACAAGGCCUAGUGUGAUUGCUAGACAUACUUUUUUCCGACAUCCUUGUCCAUAAAAGACCUAAACGAUUAACAAUUUAUUUGAAGGAAUUAAUAUGCAAAAACAGAAACUACGGUUCAAAAAGAUUCUUCUUGUUUUCGAUGAUGCUGAUCACAUGGAUCAGUUAGACGCUUCAGCUGGGAAGCGUGGAUGGGUUGGUCCACGAAGUAGAGUCAUUAUAACGACUAAAGACAAACACUUGCUUGUUAAACACGGUGUGGAAAAGAAGUACCGAAUGAGGACAUUAAGUGAAAAUGAAAGUAUGCAUUCAAGAUUUAACAUCUUAACAAGCAAUUUUGAGGAGCUCUCAGCUCAACUGAUAAAGUAUGCACGCUGCUGGACUCCCCUUAGAUCUGAAAGUUUCAGGCAGUUUCUUUUAUGGAAGAGAUUUGGCUGAAUGGAGAAGUCUAACUAGAACGAUUGAAACAAAUUCCGGAACAAGAAUUUUUAAGACAUUGGAACCAAGUUUCAGACUCAGCAAUAUCGAGCAAAAGACAUCGCGGCUUUCUUUUAUGAGAAGAAGAUUGAUUCAGUGUAAUGAUAAUAAUGAUGUCUGCUAACUCAUCACUCUGCAUAUAUAAAUACAAAGUUGCUGGUUUA